GGCGAGAUGGCCCUGCCAUUCGUGUUCUGGAGCUGGUGGCUGAGGGGGAGGGGGGAGGGGGACGAAGGCGAGACGUUGCUGCAGCGGCAUGCCCCAUCGCCGUGACGGCCCUGCGCGCCGCCGAGUUGGAGUUCCACUAAGCUGCAGGAUGUGGAGCGGGUCGCCGAGGGGGAGGACUAAGGCGAGACGUUGCCAGCAUGCCCCGUCGCCGUCAAGGCCCUACACGCCGACCAGUGCCGUACAGAUCUGUCGUGGCCGAUGCAGCAGUGACAAGCGAUUUGGAGGGAAAAAGCUGAUCCAGCCAUGGUCCUCGCCUAGGAGGAGGACGAGUUCCAUCACACCAGCAGCAGUUCAGAUGUUUUCUGAACAUGAUGAGGAACUGAAUGAGAAUGAAGAUGCAUUUAUGAGUGUAGAGGCAGAUGCAGAAGCAGGAGACAAAUCCGUCUUACAUAGUAUUAUUGACGAUGAAGUUGUCGAAGGUGCCAAUCUAGAAGCUGCUCAAGAUGACAAGCCAAUUGAAGUUGAAUCAUGAAUCUUCUUACUUUGUGUCAUAUGAAUCUUGUUACCUGCUCUCAAAUGUAAACAUGUACUGGUACUGUGUUACUUGUUGUUGCAUAUAAACAUGUAUUGGUACUUUCUGCCCUCAAAUAUAAACAUGUAUUGGUACUUUCUGUCCCAUGCUCUGUCCUCCUCUAUUCUGUUCAAUUCCCCUGUCUUAUAAACUUCAGUUUUUUGAACAGCAUGGGUUCAGACAAUAGCACGACGACCCAACAUCUCAAUUCCUGCGUGUAUUGCUGGGAGAGUAUGGAAGCUAGGGGAUGAUGUUGCAGCAUUAUGUACAGAUGGAGAUGUAGGUGCUGGUGCAUUGCGUGUGGAAAUGCAGAAGAGAACUGAACAAACUGCAGGGUAUGGUGGUGCUGCUGCAUCAGUUAGUGACAAUUUACUUAGGAAAGGGGGGAUGUUGGUGUGUGGCAUUCUGAUAUUUGUAUCAGGUUUAGUUCUAGGGAUGAUCUUAUCCUAGUUCAUUUGCUACUGAUCUUAUCCACAAAUGGUUGUGAGGCAAUGUAAUGUAUGUUUUCAGGAAAUGUACUGAAUGAAAUUCAGUUUGCAGAAUUUGCCAAGCAAUGUACUGAAUAUCUGAAAGGCAGUGUACUGAAUCCAGUUUGCAAAAAAUUUCAGGCAAUGUACUGUAUUUUGAAAGGCAAUGUACUGAAUUCAGUUUGGAAAAAUUGU